AAAGAAUAUUGUGUCUUUUUACGAUGCAGAAGGAAUUCUAGGCCAAAAGUUAUUUUUCAAUGAUAAAAAAAUGUGAAAACAUGAAUUAGGCCUAGGCCUAUGUCAAGUUUUUGAAUAUUUUUCACUAGGCUAGGCCUUGUUCAUCAAAAAUAUACCCGGAUGAAGUGAGUAGCUUAAAAAAGUCUUUUUUUAGAAGAAUUAAAAGCGAUUAAUAACAAUGGAACUGCUACUUGAAAAUGCUCUAAAUCCAACAGUUCACCGAAUGUUAGUGAAUGAUUUAAACAACAAUGAUCGUUGGCUGAACAUCGUUGAAAAACUAAGAACUUACAGAAUCCCAGUGUUCCUUAACGUCAAUAGAGCAAGAGAGCUGGAGAGAAGGGGAAUUAGUGCGGCCCAAUGGCUUCUCGAGGAGCUGUUUGAUAGGGAAUGUUCGUACAAUGAGUUUUGUGCCAUGCUGCGAGAAUUUGAUAUGUUAGAAGAGUUGUCCCUACUAACUCACGCAGAGCCUAUGAUUAUCCAAGUACAGCCGGGGGGAGGAGAGGACAUAGUGAGAGUGGAGAGUGGCAGUGUGUUAGAGCUGACUUGUGUGGCUUCUGGGAUACCUCGACCAACGUAUCAGUGGUACUACCAUAACAAUGUGUUACCUGGCCAGAGCAACAACACGCUCACCAUAUCUCCCUUCAGGGAGGAAAAUGUUGGCGUUUACUGGUGCCUUUUACGCCAGGAAAUCAGAGGACACAUCAAUGAAACACAUUCCUCUGAGGUAGUGGUAGACCUGAUGGCAGUUCACCCUGUGUUGUUGGUAGACCUACCUCGUGUCAGGUCUGUACCUAGUAGGCAGACUCUGGUAUUGACAGUCCAAUCAGAAGGUUACCCAGCACCUCACUUUGAGUGGUUCCGCAGCUCUGAUCAUGUAGUGGUAGACCUGAUGGCGGUUCACCCUGUGUUGUUGGUAGACCUACCCCGGGUCAGGUCUGUACCUAGUAGGCAGACUCUAGUAUUGACAGUCCAAGCAGAAGGUUACCCAGCACCUCACUAUGAGUGGUUCCACAGCUCUAAUCAUGUAGUGGUAGACCUGAUGGCGGUUCACCCUGUGUUGUUGGUAGACCUACCUCGUGUCAGGUCUGUACCUAGUAGGCAGACUCUGGUAUUGACAGUCCAAGCAGAAGGUUACCCAACACCUCACUUUGAGUGGUUCCACAGCUCUGAUCAUGUAGUGGUAGACCUGAUGGCGGUUCACCCUGUGUUGUUGGUAGACCUACCUCGUGUCAGGUCUGUACCUAGUAGGCAGACUCUAGUAUUGACAGUCCAAGCAGAAGGUUACCCGGCACCUCACUUUGAGUGGUUCCACAGCUCUGAUCAUGUAGUGUUAGACCUGAUGGCGGUUCACCCUGUGUUGUUGGUAGACCUACCCCGGGUCAGGUCUGUACCUAGUAGGCAGACUCUAGUAUUGACAGUCCAAUCAGAAGGUUACCCAGCACCUCACUUUGAGUGGUUCCGCAGCUCUGAUCAUGUAGUGAUUGUUUGCAAGUAG